GUUUGGUGUGCGCGUUCAUUUUCAACCAAGCACCAGCAAUUCCACCAUCCCAGCUAACUGGCCAAGUCAUCGACGAACGCACAUCAUUACAAGAUACACACCGCAACCUCAGCCAGCACAGCGUUGCGCCACUGGGCAUCACAGUGCAUCAUGCCGCAGACGUACGAGUUUGACACUGAGCCAUAUCUGAUUGACGAGGAACGUCAGCGUCAGCUGAAAGAACUGCAGCUGGAGCGCGAGCGGCGCAGGAAGCGGCGCCGUUGUGGCCUCUUCUUCUGCGUUGGCAUCAUCGCCGUUGCGGCAAUCUGUGCGGUGCCCAUCAUCUACGUUUCACGCCCGCCAGCGAAGGAAAACGACAACGACGCGUCUCAAGAUAGCACGUCCAAUACGGACACGGAAGCAGCUAUUCAGACAGAGGCCGGGUGCACGCAAACCUGCGAGGAGCACAUACAUGAGUGUGUGGGCAUGAGCGUUGGUGGUGUCUCCCUGGAUGACUUUGUUUCAUGCCUCACACGGGACGAACACCAUACGACGGUCGCGCUGCUCUCACUGGGCGCGUGCAUGUCAAGCUGCGAGGAUGGCCCAUGCGGCAGUGUCACCGGCCCUGUCGAAGAACUACACAAGCUACAGUGCUGGGAGCGCUGUGCGUUUGCAGCCGCGGACGUGAACUGCGACUGGGUCCGCAAUGUCUUCAACAUCCACUGCACACGAUGGAAAGGGUGCGGCAUCCACGACAACGUUCAGCAGCACAAGCAGCUCCAGUACCUUCACAAGCACAAGCACCAGUACCACAAGCACGCCCACUGCGACAGCAACGCCAACAAAGAAGGCGACGACCAGUGA